AUGGAAGAGGUUAACCCACCAGCAGCGAGGCCUAAGUUGGGAGAUUAUGGGCUAGCAAAUCACCGUGGUCGCCUAACUCAUGUGUUCCGACCUGCUAAUCCUGUUACUUUUGACAUCAAAGCAUCAGUUCAGAAUGGAUUGAAGGAAAGACAGUUUGAUGGUACCGAGACCAUCAGCCCUCAUGAACAUCUAAGCCACUUUGCUGAAACUUGUGAGUUUUGUGUUCCUCCAGCAAAUGUUACCGAAGACCAAAAGAAACUCAGGCUAUUCUCGUUCACUUUAACCGGUAAAGCUAAAGACUGGUUAUUAACUUUGCCUAAUGGGACUAUUCAAACAUGGGAGGAGUUAGAGCUUAAGUUUCUAGAAAAGUAUUUCCCUAUGUCCAAGUACUUGGAUAAGAAGCAAGAAAUAGCAAGCUUUCGGCAAGGGGAAGGUGAAUCACUUUAUGAUGCUUGGGAAAGAUUCAAUUUGCUACUGAAGAGAUGUCUUGGCCAUGAGUUUUCUGAGAAACAAUAUCUCCAAUUCUUCACCGAAGGGUUAACUCAUAGCAACAAAAUGUUUCUAGAUGCCUCAGCUGGAGGUAUCCUAAGGGUAAAAACUAAUCACGAAGUUCAAACUCUGAUUGAAAACAUGGUCAGCAAUGAGUACCGUGCUGAAGCGAAAAAGAAAGAAAGAGGUGUUUUUGGGGUAAGUGACACUACUUCCAUACUAGCUAACCAAGCAACCAUGAAUAAGAAAAUCGAAACUCUAACCAAGGAGGUACAUGCUUACCAAUUGUCCAACAAACAACAAGCAGCUGCAAUACGGUGUGAUUUGUGUGGUGAGGGCCAUCCUAAUGGUGAGUGUGUACUUGAGGGAGCUAGUGAAGAAGCCAACUAUUUGAACUAUCAAAGGCAAAACCCUUACUCCAUGAACAAGCACCCUAACUUGAGUUACUCCAACAACAAUACCUUAAAUCCUUUGAUGCCUAAUCUCAACAACAACAACAACCAAGAAAGCCUUCAGGUCUUGAGGAAACAAUGA